AUGGAAACCGUAUUGACACGUUUUAACAGAAAGCUGGUACUCGAAGAUAGAAAAGUGAUCCUUUUUCUCGACAAUGCUCGACAAUUCUCGCAGAUCAAGAUCGUCUUUUUACCGAAAAAUACAACUUCGAGGUUGCAACCACUAGAUGCAGGCAUCAUUCAAAAUUUCAAGGUUAAAUAUAGAAAAAGACUUGUUAAAUACGUAUUGGCAAGAAUCCAGGAGAACACAUCAGCAACUGAAAUUGUCAAGGCUAUCAACGUGCUUGUUGCUAUUCGCUGGAUACAAGAUGCGUGGAAGGAAGUAUCCAGCUCGACAAUCAAAAAUUGUUUUCAGAAAUGUGGCAUCAAAAGAGAUAGCGAGGAGAUAGAAGAAAAAGACGGAGAUGAUGAUUUGGAGUUUGAGGCACUUGUAAAGGAAUUUACUACAGACUUAUCCGCAGCAGAAUAUGUCAACUUCGACGCAAACGAUCCAGCAUCAGAACCCAUGAUUAACGAAUUAGAAAUCGAUUGGCGACAGAAGGUCAGAGAUGAUAGUAUCGAUGCAAUCUGCAAUCGAGAAAAGCCAGAUGAUCAGAUUCAGGAAAUUUCUGACGACGACCAAGAUGACGAGGAUAAUGACGACUAUGGGCCAAAACAAGAAGAGCAGAUGAGCUGCAAAGAAAUCAUCACAACGUUGGACAAAAUGCGCCGUUGCACCGUCUUCGAUGAAGAAAGUCAAAAAAUGCUGACGGCAGUUACAAAAAAGAUUGAGGAUCUACAAAUUAAAUUCAAGGAGCAACCCUCUAUCAAAGACUUUUUCUUGUAA